UACCAUUAAAUCUUAAACCACUUACUUCAUACCAUCUCCAACAAUAGGGUAAAAAAACAAGAGAUUCAAAUUAUCUCCAACAAUGAGUUCCAAAAUGCGGCAAAAAUGUGGGUGGUGUCAAAUUUGAGCCGGAUAUAGAGUUACAACAAAAAAGUGGAAAAUUCCGUGCCCCACUUUUCUUCCUUGCCAUACGAAAAGAUUCAAUCACACAUGCAGUGCCUUCUCUUCCUUCCCUCGCUUGGCAUACGCGCACUUUGGCGGGAUUCCUUUCUAUUUUUUCUUUGUGUUUGGGGGGCGCUUCCUUGGUUACUUUUCAGCAUUAAUUUUUUUUGUUGCCAAGUAUAACCUAUAUCCGUGUGUAGUAUAGAGCAAGUAUAUUUCAAUUAUCAAACCCGGGCGGUCUACAUAGCAUUAUUUUAGCAAUCUACAAAUUAUCUAGCAAUCAAAAUGUUGUUUAAAGCUAUGUAACUAAACAAGAAAAUAACUAAAACAAUGUUUAAUUCAUGUGAGGAAAGUUCACUUGGAUGAUUAUCCCCCUAAUCCCAUGUUGAGAUGAGAAUGUGUUACUCUAGUAUGAUAGGCAUGUUCCAUAUAGUGUUAGGAGAUCUAAAAUAGUUAGGAUUCUAUUCGAGUGCAUCCUAACUCGCUUAAUCGGUCUAAUGGAGGGGCGUGCCAUACUAAUGCAAGGCAAGCAAUUCCACUUCCUCAGUGAUUGGCCCAAAACAUAAUAGAGUCACCAAUCACAAUGAUUCAUGACACUCUACAUUGAUUGAGUAGUGAUCUAAAUUGCCAUAAGAGGAUCUUCUCUCUAGAUCAAUUUGCCCAAAAUUGAGGGAUCUCAUCAAGAACACUCAAUGUGCAUGAAAAAUACUUAAUCAAUAUAUGAUUAACAAUACCCUUAAAACAGAAUUCAUAAACAUUAAUCUACAACAUCCUAUACUAGGGUUCACAUCAUCUAAGUGAAAAGAGAAACUACUCCAUAGGUAUAGAAAGAACAACAAUUAGAAAAGAGGAAAACCCCAUGGACUUGAUUCUCCUUACUAGUUGCUUGGAUGGAUGAUUGGAGAUGAAAUCUAGCCUCCAAAUGGCUUGGGUAGGUCAAAUCCACCUACAAUGCUCCCUUGUUAGUAGCUCUCUCUAGGUUGUGGAAGAAGAACUCCAAACUCUCUCUAGAACUCUCUCCUCAAACUUCGCUCUCUCUCCUUUAUAUAGCCUGUGAGGGCACGUUUCACGGUUGCACAUCACACACGUGAAGUGUGCAACAAAACUGUGAUCUCAGUGCAAAGUGCAUUGUUUCAUUAACACACUUCACGGUUUCUCUGCUGACUUCAUAGUGUAGGACCUUGAUCCUUACAAUGCCCGCGAGGUGUGAGCGAGCUCUUGGAACUUUGCAAUCUUCAGGUAUUCUUUGUAAUCUUCACAGUCUGUUGCCCGUGAUAUUUUCCGCAAAACCGUGACCUUGCACUUUCCUUCGUUUUGCUCCCUUUUCAAUCCCUUUUGUCCAACUUUUGAUCCUUUCACCCAUUCUACCUGAUAAAGUCUGAAACAUGCCAAAACAAGAGCGAACCUAGCAUAAAAUGGCUCCAAGGAUGGUGCUAAAUAAGUCAAUCGGCAGAAGGCAAGAGGUAUACAAGUGUACAAUCUAUCUCGAAUCACCCAGCCAUUUGCCCUCCUUUUCUUUUCUUUUCUCCAUUCUUAUCCUUUAAUUGACGGGAGGAAUGAUGCCAUUGUGGAUCAGUUUGAUGCAAUACAUGCUAGCAUUGCUUAUCCCAUGCAAAUCAGGAUUAUUCUUCCUUUUGUUGUUGAAUUUAUCUAGUGUUUUGUUUGUUCCUCUAUCUUUCAUUUAAUUGGAGAUAAUUGGAAUCGAUUGAAAUCUUGCUUUUGUUAAUUAUGGUGUUAGGGUAAUUGGAUGUGCGAAUGAAGGGGGCAGUGAGAGGCCCCCAGAGAGUGAGGGAGACCAGGGAAUGCGUUAGGGUGAUAACUAAAAUUCUAGUAGCCACCGUGGCUACAUCAUUAUCUGUCGUCCAUUUUUAUUUUUUUUCCAUUUUUUUAAUCUCAUGGUUAAGAUUACGUCAGAGUAAUUUUGGAAACGUAAAAGAGUUCACACCGGAUUAUUCUAUAUAUUCUACCCAAACCCUGCUUCGACACUCCACUCUCUCCAACCAAACCCUACUUGAGACGGCUGUCGAUUGCGGGCUGCCCGCCCUCCAUCCCUCUCUCCUCCGACCACCUCCCUUCGCCGGCCAUCCCUCCCCCUCCCUCCCAAUCCCUCCCCCCUCUCUCUCUCUCUCUCUCUUCCCAUCUGUUCUUCCUCCACAGUAGAAUCUUUCCACUAAUAUAUACCUAAAAUCCAAUCCCCUUCCCCCCCCCUCUCUCUUCUUCUAACAGAACAACUGAUUUUUUAUUGGUAUGUACUUUCUCGCAUUGGUAGUAUUUUUCCCCGUAAUGGUAGUGUUUUUUUGCAUUGGUAUUGAAAAUGUGGGAUGAAUAAAAAUCAUAGAUCUGAUUUUUUCCGCAUUGGUAGUGAUUUUUUUCGUAGUGGUAGUGUUUUUUCGCACUGGUAUUGUUUUUUCCGCAUUGGUAGUGAUUUUUCGUAAUGGUAGUGUUUUUUCGCAUUGGUAUUGUUUUUUCCGCAUUAGUAUUGAUUAUCAUGUAAGUGUAUUGCUUUUCAGUGAAAUUGUAUUUUUCUUGUAGUGGUAGUGUUUUUCACAUUUGUAUUGUUUUCUUUUUCUUUUUGCAUUGGUAUUGAUUAUCAUGUAAUGGUAUUGAUUAUCAUGUAAUGGUAUUGAUUUGCAUGUAUUGAUAUUGAUAAAUCUGCAAUGGUAUUGGUGUUUUGUGAAAUGGUAGUGUUUUUAUUUCACAAUGAUAUUGGUGUUUUAUGCUUUGGUAGUGUUCUUUUAAUGGAUUGGUAUUGUUUUAUUGUUGCAGCGGUAUCUGAACGAAAACAAGGAAAAUAUUGAAAAAAAGGAAGAGAGAUCUGCCUGGAGAUUGUGGAAGUGAGAGAAAAAGAGAAAAUUGUAAUUAACAUAUUUUUGUAACUUCCUAAAAUGUAAUUUGUUAAAAAAGGUAAUUAAUAAUUUUUUUGGCAUACUCAGUUUGCCCUUAGUAAUUACUGUGGUUAAUGGAUAAUGUAACAGAAGGGUAGCUUUGGGAAUUGAUAAUAGUAGAAAGGCAAGGUUGACGUGAAAAAUAGUAGAAGAAUAUGUUGGAGAAAAUAGUAGAGGGUACUUUUAACAGUUAGGUUCUGCUGAAACAAGUAAGAACCCCCGAAGAGGCAGGGUAUCCGAAAUUCCGAAUCUACGAGUAUUCCCCUUUCCGGUUGUAUGUCGGACAAGCGACAUCGAUCAACCCUCUUCUUUUUUCCUGGCCGGAAUUCCCUCUCCCGUUCCUGAAUACAACCCUAAGUCUUACCGCAACCUCUAUAGGAGCUCCGAAUCCUCCUGUUGUUGCUAGCCAGCCAGCUUACACGACCCAGAAGUCUGAUUUCUCUUGUCCAUCUGCCCUUCAAUUUAUCUACCCAUUCGUGUUCCAAGUUUCGCUCUUUCCCCGGCUCUUCGCACUAUCCUAUCCGCCUGAUUUCAGCCAUGGUUGAUCGGAGCGGAGAUCAAAAGGCCGAUCCUUUCCUCCUGCAGUACCAACCGGCGGAACUUCGAAUCGCAUCGGAGUUCUUCAACGAGUGGCUGCCUUUUCUUUCCCGAGGUCUCUGCCACACCUGCUCCCGAACUCUGUCAGAUCGAAUUCGCUCUCUCCAGCCAGAACCCGAUGCUUCGUCGGGGCAAUUACGUUCGGGUCAAACCACAGUCUCUUCGAUUGCGAGUGCUGGCCAAUCUUGUGAGAAUUGCACAGAAGAUCACGAGGACGAGAAUUUUGAUCAGAAUUCAUUAGGAAGUUGGAAAGAUGGAGCUGAUGCAUGUCCUGCUUCAGUCCCGGAAGAUUCUGCUAGUAGGGGAUUGCUUGGUCCGCCGCCAGGAGCUGAUAAUAAUACCUCAAGCCCUCGGAAGUCUUGGGCUGAUAUGGCGCAAGAAGAUGAAUUUGUGGAUGAAGAAGAACAAGUUGAUUCAAGCAAAGAAGCAGUUGGUCUAGGUUGUUCUCCCCUGGUUACGAGAGCUGCAGGGAAGCCUCAGUUACCAAGGGAGCAGAGGGAGUACAUUCGGUUCAUGAAUGUGAAGAGGAAGAAGGAUUUUAUGUGCUUCGAGAGAGUUCGUGGCAAGUUGAUAAAUAUCCUCGACGGACUUGAACUUCACUCGGGUGUUUUCAGUGCUGCCGAGCAGAAGAGGAUAGUCGAUCGCGUUUUUGAACUGAAGGAGAUGGGCAUGAAAGGAGAGUUGAAAGAGCGCACAUUUACUGCUCCUCAGAAGUGGAUGAGGGGUAAAGGGCGUGUAACGCUACAGUUCGGAUGCUGCUAUAACUAUGCAACUGAUAGAACUGGUAAUCCACCUGGCAUUCUGAAGAAUGAAAUGGUUGAUCCGAUACCUCAACUUUUCAAAGUUAUAAUCAAAAGAUUGGUCAAAUGGCAUGUUCUGCCUCCAACGUGUGUGCCAGACAGUUGUAUAGUCAACAUUUAUGAAGAAGGGGACUGCAUACCACCCCACAUUGACAACCAUGAUUUUCUCCGACCAUUUUGCACCGUAUCUUUUGUUAGUGAGUGCAAUAUUGUGUUCGGAACCAAAUUAGAUAUUUUGGGUCCUGGUGAGUUCUCCGGAUCAGUAGCGAUUCCUUUGCCUGUAGGGUCUGUUCUUGUAUUGAAUGGAAAUGGAGCUGAUGUAGCUAAACACUGCGUGCCUUCAGUCCCCACAAAGAGGAUAUCCAUCACGUUUAGAAAGAUGGAUGAGAAGAAAUGGCCUGUUGGUUAUGCACCAGAGCCUGAUCUGCAAGGGAUUGAACCAUUGUCAUUUGAAGUAGAAAUGACUAGUACUGUUAGGUCGACCUCUCCAAAACCAGAGCAGCUCCCGCCAAGAAGGCAGCCCAUUGAUAAAGAAGGCAAGACAGAAGCCAGAAGAGCAGCUUUCUCAGAACCUCGUUACGGUAACCGGGGAAGGAGGGGUCCUGGAUCACGGCGGAGGGUAAAGGUGGAUGUUGAGAGUUGAGUCUACAGAGCCAGUUGCUUGGAUCAUUGAUUUCUAGUUGAUCACAGGAGCCUCUGCAGAAUAGGUGAAAAGGGAUAAGGAGGCGACACCUGUAUUCGUUAAGGUUUUAUAGUCGAGGAAAGUGCUUCUUAGUCUCUGAUAAUCUGAUUCGUUGUCUUCUUUGCUAUCUACGGGGAUAUGUAACUUAGAGGGAUUGAGAGCAAUACUGGCUGGGCAUAUACACUUUGUGUGAUUUGUAACAUUGGCUUUCGUUUGGCAGCUAUAUAGCUUCUAUUGGAUUUUCAGUUUUAGGCGGCAAGCCUUGUGAACCAGGUGGGGGCUAGGUGAUAACUCGUUGAUGUGCGAGAUAUUGUAUACAUCUCAAAGUUAUAUACGAAAUUCCUAUGAUAAAUCAGUUUUCGCCGC